AUUUCCCAAGUCUCCAUGUCGCCCAGUAAAAAAGUCGGAAUUCUCGGUGCCACUGGAACUGUUGGCCAGAGAUUCAUCCUCUUGUUGGCUGACCAUCCCGUAUUCACAAUCCAUGCCCUCGGAGCCUCUUCUCGCUCAGCUGGAAAGGCAUAUAAGGAUGCCGUCAAGUGGAAGCAGAGCCGUGCUAUCCCUGCAAACGUCAAGGACAUGACCGUAAAGGCCUGUGUUGCCGAGGAGUUCAAGGAUUGCGAUGUUGUAUUUUCUGGACUUGAUGCUGAUUUUGCCGGUGAAAUUGAGAUGGCAUUCUUGAAGGCUGAUCUUGCCGUAUUCUCCAACGCAAAGAACUACCGUCGUGAACCCACCGUUCCUUUAAUCGUCCCUACCGUAAACACUUCUCACUUUGACCUCAUUCCUCAACAGCGUGCCCUCCACAACCUCAAAAAGGGUUUCAUCAUCACAAACGCCAACUGCUCUACUACAGGUCUUGUUGUUCCUCUCAAGGCACUCCAGGAUGCAUUUGGUCCUAUGAGCCACAUCCUCGUUCACACUCAACAGGCCAUCUCUGGCGCUGGUUACCCUGGUGUGCCCAGUUUGGACAUCUUUGACAACGUUGUGCCUCACAUUGGAGGAGAGGAAGAAAAGAUGGAAUUUGAAGCUUCAAAGAUCCUCGGUGGUGUCACAGCAGACGGCAAGGAAUUUGCUCCCCUGAACAACAUGACCGUCUCCGCCACCUGCACCCGUGUGCCUGUUCUUGACGGCCAUCUCGAGAGUGUCUCUGUCAAGUUUGUCAACCAGCCCCCUCCCUCUGUCGAGGCUGUGUAUGAAGCCCUGGACAAGUACACCUGUGAAGCUCAGAAACUCAAGUGUCACUUGGCUCCUGAGCACGCUAUUGUAAUCACUAAGGAGAGUGACAGACCCCAACCUCGUCUGGAUCGUGAUAAUGAGAAGGGCCAGGCUGUCACUGUGGGUCGUGUUCGCAAGUGCCCUGUGCUCGAUCUUAAAUUUGUUCUUCUUGUACAUAACACCGUGCUUGGUGCUGCCGGAAGUUCAGUAUUGAAUGCCGAAGUAGCUGUCUCUAGAGGCCUUAUUUAAAAAAUUAAAUAAAAAAGAAGAAGAAGAAGAAGAAAAUCAUCAUAUAAUUUAUAUAAUUAAAAUCCUAUCCAUUAAACUCUAUCUCGCAUCAAAGCCAAUUCAAUAAAUGUGUAUGCCUGUUUAAUUUUCAUC